AUGGAGAGAAUUCCUGCGGCCGUUGCGUUAAGAAGAAAGAUUGUUGCCAUUGAUGAUGUGAUGUGUGCGUUAUGUGAUUUUGGAGAGGAGACGGUUGACCACCUUGUCACAUCUUGCAUGGUAGCUUCGGUUCUUUGGCAACUCGUGAGGUCAUGGCGCCGGGUCCCAAACUUUUUUACUUUCUCCUUUAGAGAUAUCUUUGAGCUUCACAGCCAUAUUGGGUUAUUGGAGCUGGUCAAAGAGGUGUUUCACGACAUCAUUAUCAUUGGGUGUUGGAGCCGUUGGAAAGCUAGGAACGAACUUAAGUUUAAUAACAAGAUGGUUCAGAUUAAAGAUAUCAUCAGCAAAAUCAAGUCGGUUGGUUUUCUAUGGUUAAAUAGUAUAUCUAAAGUUAAGCCGACCUCUUGGUGGAAUUGA